CAGGUGAAUGCUUUCUCCGAGCCAGACUGACGUGUAAGAAAUAGUCUGACCUCGUUGAACGCGUUGUCUUGAGCAACUCUGUAGCCUUAAUCGAGGCUAUCGAGACACGAGCUGGUCCAUUUGCCCGGUUCACUCAUUUGAAACACUUGGAAGAGGAAAGGAGAAAAAGAUGGCUGCUUUGGUUCAGACACUCCCCGUUCAGACUACCUCUGUCACAAUGACCGGGCGUCCGUCAUCCUCUGGGGGUUACUCCUCGCAGAAUCCGCAGGGACAGAUGCGUCCUCAUCAGCCCAGUCGUUACAACAAUAUGUCGGCGACCGGGUACCGAGGCGUAUCGAGUGGUGGACCAGUGGCUCCAUAUGCCUUCACGCAGACACCACAAUUGACUAACACCAGUGUCAAUCCUCGCCAGUUCACCCUCGAAUCAGGACGAUCUGCCUCUGCCCCCAAAGUUCCUCAGACUCAAUCCGGUGGCUUUUCCAGGUCGCAACCCGCCUCACCGAGUAGUCUUCCACAAGUCGAUGCUGGAAAUCGGCCACUGUCUCUCGGUCUACCCGACAUUCCUUUUACGGGAUCGUUGAUGGAUCCCAGCCCAACACUUUCACCGCCUGUAUCUUCAACUACUGCGAAACCGUCCCCGGACAGAUAUCGAAGGACCACUCGGCGUGCAGAACCAGAAGGGUCCCAAAAGAGCGUCAGCGCUGGCUCAGCAUCAACUCCAAGCUUGGGCACGGCUGUAGGUGGUUCAAUGUACAGCCACCCAAACCAAUCCAGCAGUACGCCAUCAUUAAACUCCCAACACUCUUUUCAUGGUCAGUAUCAUGGAGGUGCAACUGUCCCGCAAAAUUCUAGUGCGGACGACCUGCCACUGGGUCGAGCUCAACAGUCGGAGCUCGCUGCAAGAUAUCGUAGGCGCAGUCUUGUCAGCAUAGAAACGGCUGGUGUCAAUCACUCCUCAGAUGCCCAUGAUACAUCCUCCCCUCACCCGAAUGUCUUCAUUCCGACACCUGUUUCGGCUCCAUCAAAUUCGGCUGCUGCGAUCGCAGUGGACCGACCGUCUUACCACAAGCAUACGCCGAGCUCGGACAGCGUUGCCUCGUCCAGGUCAACUGGAUCUUCUCGACCUAGCUCGGUCAGUAGUCUUCCCUUGAAUGAAACUUAUCUAACGUUUACUCAGGCUCGAGCGGACCAGUCUAUCAUGAUAACACCUAACUCAAAGCCCAACCCGACCACCGCAUCCAGAUCGGAACCACGACCCGCAGCCCGUUCCCCACGAACGGCAGAUUCGGGCAAUCGUCAACCUUCGCCGUUGUCUCGUCCAGCACAGCUGCAAGCAGAGGCUACGCCAGAGAAACCAUAUGGGCCGUCCACGUCGACGCUCGCUUCCCCGCGUGCACCGCCACCAGUCAAGCCUAGCCCAGCAGCUGAACAGCUCGCAGCUUUGAACCAGAAAAGUGCACCCAAAUCGAAGUCGAAAUUGCGGCGAGCAUUUUCGUUUGGCAGUGCUGCAGAACUUCGGAGGGCUGCGGCUCAGGGAAACCAUGAGAAGAGUGUGGGUAAUGUGGCUCCAAACACUUCAAAAAGAACCUCGAAAUACGAAGAUGAACUUGAGCCUGAACAAGCGAAGAUCGCUGAGCAGCAGGAGGCCGCGGGAUUGGGCGAGAGCAUCUACUCAGGUCAAGGUCAAUUCUUCACCGGUUCGACAGACAACCUGUCUAUCUCGUCAACGGCAUCGUCCGCAUCGAUUAUGCUCCGUAAAAUGGGCAAAGGUGUCAAGAAAGGAACUCGAUCGCUCGUUGGACUAUUCCGUCCCAAGUCCGUGGUUGGUGUGCCUGCCGCUGAUGGCCCUGUCAAUCAGGCCAGUCUAGCCCAGGUCUCAAUGGUUACGGUCGAAGCCGAGCGGGAAAAGGUGAAUAUCAACGUCAACCCCCACGACCAAAACGGAGGUGGUACAGGCUUUCCUAAGCUCGAACGCAAUUCUAUCGAGACCAAAUUCUCCACUGACAGCGGCACUGUAUCCAGCGAAACGCGAUCUCGCCGAAGCAUUGUUGGCGGUGAAAAGGAACGCGCUGAAGUACUCGCUGCGGUUAAGAAGGGUAUUCUGAAAAGAAACGAUUCCAACCAGGCGUCUCCGAAACUGAAAGCCUACGACUUCAAAGUCCCCGAUUUUAAUCUACCUCAAAUCCCGCACGUCAACGAUUCACCAAAGUCGAGUGCUCCGAGCACUCCUGCCGAUGAAACCCCCAGAUCUGGUCACCGGCGCACCGACUCUAUCACGAUCGAAAAUAACGACCACGACGAUUAUUUUACCACCAUGACUCAAUUCGCCAGCCUAGACUCGAAGGGAAAUCCCAUGACUCCGCAAGUCCUUAUGCGAAAUAUAUCUUUCAGCCCGCGACUCCAGUUCCAUGAUACCUGGCCGAGCGGAGAGUACGACCGUCGUGGUGAGAUUGCGACCUGCAACCGUUUGACUCCGAUGCUCGCCCAGCAGAUCAAAGAAGAGCUUAACACCUUCAAAAUGGAAAUGGAGGUCCAUGAGUCAUCCAAGGUCUACACGCACUUCUUCUAGUACCACGAUUUCAUUUUUGGAUAUCGUGGGACAGAUUUGGUCUUUGCCCGCCUUUAACGAGGUGGGUGAGGGCCCAGAUCCUUGACCAGAUCACGAUGUCCACGACUCUAGCAAUGCAUGUGCAGCGAGCAUAUUUUCGUCCCUCGACAUCGACACGACAACUGUCUGG